AAACAAAAACAUCAGCACGGAGUAUUUGCGAAAGUUGGACAUAUUCAAGUCGCAUCAACCAUGUCCGAGACAUUUUCCAAAACGGGUCUGUUCUUUGACGAGCUCAAUAAGAUUCGGGUCCUUGAGCCAGACGUUUCGUCUCAAACAGAAGAGCUUCAAACAGAAUGCAAGGACUUUGUUGAAAAGAUUUCAGAUUUUCAAAAAAUUGCGGACAGUUUCUUAGCAAUGGUUGAUUCGUUAUCAGUAGAAGUUGAGGCUGCUAAAUUAAAAGCUAUUGGUUCUCGCAACUUGUUAAAAAGUAUGGCCAAAAAGAGAGAAGCUCAACAACAACAGUUGCAGGCAUUAAUUCUGGAGAAGUCAACUGAACUAGAACGACUACGAAUACAACACCAAUCACUAAUACGCACUGAGCAAGAGCAACAAGAAUUCAUACAACAACUUGUUCUGAACCAUUAAGUCACAAGAAAAGAAAGGCCCAAACAUUGU